ACAAUUACGUGAGACACCUCUUUCAUCGUGUCGUCGUACUCAUUUCCGUUUCUCCGGCAAGCUUAGGGUUUAGAUGCCGAAUCCCGAUGGAUCAAAUCGAAGAACCCACCGUCCAGAAUCCCCACAAUUCCGUCUCCGAAUCGCCAUUGCAGGCUUCUUCUUCCAAUUCCGCCGCAGAUCCACCCUCGGGUGGUCCCGGUCACACGGCGGAGGACGUUAACCAAUUUUACGAUCAGUGGCUUACUCAGUUGCAGAAUCUGGAGCUGGAAGGGAAAGCGACGGAAAUCGAGUCGUGGAACGGUGACUCCGCCGCAGAAUACGGAAGAAGAGAGGCGAAUGGGAAGAGUGAAGAGGAGAGUGACGGUGAGUACCGGAUCGAGAGUGAGAAGCUCGUCGACGACGAAGAGAUCGACGGGAAGAAUGCGAGGAGUAGAUUUUCUUUUCCGGUGAGACCUGAAGCUGUGGACUGUGCGUUUUACAUGAAGACAGGGAACUGCAAAUAUGGGGCGAAUUGCAGAUUCAAUCAUCCGGUUCGGACGAAGAAUCAGGUGAACGAAGAUGCUGGACAGAAGCCAGGCCAGAUAGAGUGCAAGGUGGGUGCAAGUAUGGAAAAGAUUGUAGGUAUUUGCACAACAAGGCAAAACUUCAUGUGGCUCCAGCCUUUGACCUUAACUUCCUGGGCUUGCCUAUCAGACCUGUAA